CCCUCCCGCCCGCCGCUCCUUCCUGGUUGCGGGCGGCGGGGCGCGGCUGCGGGCGCACCCCCCGCGCAGGUACCGGGGCAGCCCCGGCUUCCAGGGGAGCGCUGGGGUCGGGAAGGAGCACGGGAACCAGCCACAGGCGCCGGCAGCCAGCGGGGGCAGCUCCCGGCUCUCCUGCGGAGGAGGCGCGGCUGUGCGGCGGCGGAGGGACCAGGCGCGCUCCUGAGCGCGGAGCGGAGCGGAGGUUUCCCCCUCUCCUGCUCCAUCCCUGCCUCUCCCUCACCUGACCGCCGCUCCCGGCGCUGCUCUCUCUCACCUUGGCUGCCCCCGCCCGCUGCAUGCAGCCCCCGGAGCGCCGCAGCCCAGGAGGAUACGCCGGAAUUUAAAGUUUGGUGAUCCAUCAUGGGGAACCAUGCAGGAAAGCGAGAGCAUAGCACUGAGAAGUCAACCAAGAAUGCUGAAACCAAGGUGGGGGAAGCAGCUAAGGAGAGCCCAAAAGCAGCCAGACUACCCCAGCAGUCAUCAGAGGACAAUGAAGUAUUUGGAGAGGCAGAUGUGAACCAGAACAAUGGGAGCUCCACGAAGAGCCCAGCGGUGACAGACCCCAAAGGCACAGCGGAGCCGAAGAAUGCCUGGCCCGCGGCCAGCCCAGCUGACAGCGCGGGUCGCCCCCACUUGAUCCGCCUCUUUUCCCGAGAUGCCCCAGGGAGAGAGGACAACACCUUCAAAGACCGGCCCUCCGAGUCGGACGAGCUACAGACCAUCCAGGAGGACAGUGCAGCAGCUUCAGAGAACUCGGAUUUGAUGGCUUCUCAAAAGCGCUCCUCUUUCCGGCACGGAUCCAAACUGGCAUCUGCGAGCACUAUAGACCAUGCCAGACACGGCUCCCCGCGGCACAGGGACUCGGGGCUGCUCGACUCGCUGGGCAGGUUCUUUGGCGGCGAAAGGCACGUUCCCCGGCGGGGCUCGGGCAAGUGGCCUACAUACCACCAUACCAAGGACAUACAUGCAGCCAGGGUCAGCCACCACGUUGGGUCCAUCCCCCCAAGAUCUCAGCAUGGCCGGCCCAUUGAUGACAACCCUGUAGUCCACUUCUUCAAGAACAUUGUCUCACCCCGUACACCUCCCCCAAUGCAAGCAAAGGGAAGAGGAUUAUCCCUCACCAGAUUUAGCUGGGGUGGUGAAACACACAAGCCAGGAUAUGGAAGUGGAAAAUUCUAUGAGCAUAAAUCUGCUCACAAGGGACACAAGGGAUCCUAUCAUGAGGGCCAGGGCACUCUUUCCAGAAUCUUUAAACUGGGAGGCUCUGGGUCCCGACCUGGAUCGCGGUCUGGUUCCCCCAUUGCUAGGCGCUGAAGCUCCAAGAUGAUACCCAAGGAUCAUGUACUCUGCUUCAUAAUAUAACUGCCUUAAAACUAGUAACAGCUGCCACAAUUACCUAGAUAGAUGCAAUCCAUUACUUAAUGCCAAGUAGGUUCUGCAUGCAGUAGAUGAUACAAACUUCUAUUGGCAAUCCCUGAGCAACAGUUGAAUGAAAGGAACACAAAAAGUAGCUUUGCUAGAUGUUUUCCUUAUUUUAUGUAAAGUAACAAGAUCUCUGACUUUACCCUUCUUCUUCAGGAUGCCCUAACUGUAUGCUGGACUCCUUUAUUUCUCCCAAACACCUAAUUUAAGCUCAACUCCUCUGGUUUCGUUUUAGUGAACAUCAGAAUUACAAAUAAAGAGCUAUAAUGUCUUGGA